AUGGACGUCACGGAUUUAUCUGGUACCGCUGAAUUUUCUGACAAAGAAAUAAUAGAGGAACUUCAAAAAUCUGCUGUAUAUAAUGAGCUACCAGCGCGAUUAACUCUUACUGAAGAACAGAAAAGCGAUUUGCGCAAAGCCUUCAACCUGCUAGACUACACUGGAGAAGGGAAAAUUAAGGCUGAAGAUUUUCGUGUCGCUAUUAAAGCGCUAGGUUACGAGCCUACUAAAGAGGAGCUGCAGAAAAUGAUUCAGGGUGUCGACAAAGGCGACACUGGUAAACUGAGCUUCGAGAAUUUCGAAACCGCUAUCAUGAGGAAAAUUAUGUCAUUAGACAGCGACGGAGACAUUAUGAAGAGUUUCAGAUUAUUCGACAUGGAUGAUAGUGGAUUCAUAUCUUUUGAAAAUGUGAAACGUGUUACCCAGAUAUUGGGUAAUUGCCUAACUGAUGAAGAAAUUGAGGAAAUGAUCGACGAUGCAGAUAAGGAUUUUGAUGGCUUUGUGCGUAAAUAUACAGUGUGUUAUAGGUAGCGGCAAACUUUUUGAGCAAUAUCAAUAUUUGUCGAAUGUCAAAUUAAACUCAAUCGCUUGUGAGGUCAUACAGGUAUAAGAAUAGAGUAGGGCGG